CAAAUACCAAUCAGGAGAAUCAAAAGCAGUCAAUCAACUCCUUCGUGCUGGUUUCUAGCCAGUUCCACUCACAUUGAACAUGGUGGCUUUCAAAGGGCUUUAUCGUCAGUUCUCUCGCGUGGCGAAAGUUCUGGCACACAAGCAGAUAAGAAGAUAUGACAAGUGGCGAGAUGUAGUGAGAGAAAUGGCUAAUGAAAAGAAUCUUGCAGCGUCAGACGGAGAGUUGAAUAUGUCCACACGGAGCUGCGCAUACAACAGUUCUAGCCUCCCUGGGACCCCGGGCAGUGAGGCCUUCCCAGCUAAUAAUGUGCUAAGCUGGGCUGUCUCUUUUGAGAAGCUGCUAGAAGACCCCAAUGGCGUCAACUACUUUACUGCCUUUCUAAAAUCGGAGGUGAGUGAGGAGAACAUAUUAUUCUGGCAAGCCUGUGAAAAGUUCAAGAAGAUCCCAGCCACAUCAUUAGAGGAACUGAAGGCAACGUCUCGCUCCAUCUAUGAAACGUACUUGUCUGAGAGUGCUCCUCACUCGAUCAACAUAGAUGAUACGGCCAAGAAAGAAGAAAAAGACUUGGAACAACCUACGCCUGAUAUGUUUAACAAAGCUCAAGCGCAGAUAUUUAAACUGAUGAAGAUGGACAGCUACAGACGCUUUGUGCGCUCUCCCCUCUACCAGACCUGCACUUUUGCAAGUGUAGAAGGCAAAUGUUUACCUCAGCUCUCCACGGAACCUUUACGCACUGUAUCCUGGGAGGAUGUGACCACUCGAAGCCCGAACUUAAUUGACAAAAAGAGCAAGAAGUCCGACGGCAGUACUUUAUUCUCAGCUGCUAAGAGCGACAAGCAGCGACAGAAAAGGGGAUCCUGGGGAGAUGCAUCCCACAGCAUUGUUUCACUUUCUCCCAGAGAGGAUCAAGUAAUCAAGAAGAGCAGUAGCGUGGAGCUCGACUCCCUCUACAGGCAUGCAGAGAAUAGCCAAUCGAGUCCUCGCUCCCUGGAACAAACCGGCGUCUCCGGAGGACCCGCUGGGAUGGAAGGCGGCUAUUGCUGUGUCUACCUGCCUGAUGGAAGCGCUUCCCUGGCUCCGACCCCUUCUGGGCUGCCCAUAAGAGACAUGCUGGCUGGUCUGUGUGAGAAAAGAGGCAUCGCACUGAAAGAUGUCAUCAUCUACCUACAGGGCAAGGAAAAGCAGCCAUUAUCAUUGGACCAGGACUGCUCUGUACUGAGAGAUCAGCAGGUUCUGCUUGAGCUUCGGGUGACGUUUAUACUGGAAAAUGCUCUUACAGGAAGGACUGGUGGUAUCAUGGCAAAGUCCAGUAAGACGCUACAGGAAGCCCUCUCCACGGUGUUACAGAAGCAUAGUCUAAAGCCUAACGACGUCCAGGUUACCACUGUUGGGAGUGACGAGGCAGUCACCAUGAGCACUACUGUGUUCAGACUGGCCAAUAAAAUGCUGCGCCUUGACAAAGCCAGAGCAGGAAGAGACCAAAGCAACAAUCCUCGAGCCAGUGGAACUGCUGCUGUAACACAGGCUGGUUCAGGCGCUUCGGAGUCCCGGUUGUCACUUCAGAUCGACAAAGUCAAGACACCACCAAAGCCCAGUAAGAACCCCGACAUGGAUGGGCUACUGGACAUCCUGACCAGGGCCCAGUGCUGCAGAGUUGAAGACCAGCGUGGGCUUCUAACCAAAGAACAGCUGGAAGUUCCUUUGUUCCUGCAGCUGCCACAGGAGCCCCAAUCCCAAGAGUCCAGCACAGAUGCAGAUUCUACUGCUCAUCCGGACAAGGUUACAACUGACAAUGCCCCAACUUCUAGUCCGUCUGAACCUCAGCGGCAAGACCUGCGAGAAACUUCUGUAUAAAAGACUGUGUGUAGGAUGGAAAAACAAAUCUAAAGAAAAUCCUUAACACUUAUACAGUCAAAGGUUUUUGCAUGGCACUUUUUAGUCAUUAUUGACAAAUAAGCUCACAGGUAGUGUUAUACUACUACUUCUACUGAAGCUCAAGUUUGACCUUUUUGGGCAGAAGAAAAUUAAGGCAUGUUUGACAAACACUGCACUUUCCUGUGAGGAGAGUGUUUCAGAUGAAAUAAUUUUAUUGGACCAAAAUGAAAGUGCCUUGCAGUUAUGGAGUUGGCCCAUGGUAUUUUAAUGAGAAAAUAUCACAUUUAUUCCUAAACAAGAAAUGCACAAAUUGCACUGUUUUUAAAAACAUUAAAUGUUUCAAUUCAAGAUAAUUCAAUGUUUUAAGGUGGAUUAGAGUUCUUAUAGGACAUUGUUUUGUGGCUGCUUGUUUUCCCAGUUUGUAUUUCUCCAGAUUUAGUUUUGUUUGCUGUGAUUGCACUUUGAAAAGUCCUGCUCUGUGUCCACCUGCCUUAAAAUAUACCUACAGUAAAUCCUCACUUUUGUGUUGGAGGAAUUCAAUUAGUAGACAUAACAGCUUAGGAAAGAUAUCCAAAAAUUAAAAGCUUGUCAAACAUGAUUCUUGCUC